CUACCGUGACGGUUUGAUUCAGAAGGAGUUUAAUGUAUAAGAUCCCUGAUGUUGAGGUGUUGAGUUAGAAAGCUGAUGAAGCCAUUUCCUGCUUUAAUUAUAUUCUGUUUUGCACAGGUACGUUCUACGUUUCCUCUUCCCUUUUUGUGAAUGUGUUUCACGUGAGAGCAGUCAUUGUGAGGGAUGACUAAUUUAAUACUGAUGUGUUGUAUAUAGUCAGUGACUAAACGGAGAUCGCCUCGACUGUAUGCUGGCUCGGGUCUCAUCCAUCAACAACAUCAACACAACGCAGACACCGCUAAUCGACACCGGUUACAUACAUUCACUUUGAGGAGGAGGCAUCAUACUUAACACAGGAAGCAGUUGCAGCAUCUCUCAGCUAAAGCAUUGUUUCAGGAACAUUUCAUCAGAACAAGAGAUAGAGGAAGCCGAGAGACGGAGAAUCACGAUGGAUGAGUUCAAACGGAUUAAAAUGUCUUUAUUUCUCGUUCUGCUGCUUCAGUUUACAGGGGCUGAAAUUGGACAGCAUCUCCUCAUCCUCUCGGUCAGAGCUGGAGAUGAAGCCACUUUGCAGUGCAACUAUGUGAUCCAUGAUCAGGAUGAAUGUGAUGGUACUUCAUGGCUCUCCAGUGAUUCAGUAAUUCUGGUUGGACGUGGGCAGAUUGGUAACCAUGCUAAAUCAGACAGACUGAGAGUUACAGAGAAAUGUUCUCUGGUUAUAAAGAAGGUCACAGAGGAGGAUGCUGGUCGUUACACCUGCAGACAGUUCAGAUCAGGACCAGAACAAGAAGAUUCAGUCUCUCAGGUUCUUCUGUUUGUUGAUACCAGUGAGGACACAGCAGCAGCAGCAACAACAACAACAACAACAACAACAGAGAGCGACUCCAGAUCAGGUUUCCCUACGACAGCUUCUGUGAUCACUGAAGAUUCUACAGGUGAGGACACAGCAACAACAACAACAACAACAACAGAGAGCGACUCCAGAUCAGGUUUCACUACGACAGCUUCUGUGAUCACUGAAGAUGCUACAGGUUGGUGGUGGUGGAUCAUCGUUGUGAUCGUGGCUGUUGCAGCACUCACAAUAAUCACUGUGGCUGUCAGCAGACGGAAGAGGACUCAAGGACAGAAACCUCAGACGGAUGAAAACAUUGUGCGUUAUGGUGUAGAUGAUGGUACAGUGAACUAUGAAAACAUCAGACCUCCUGAUGGAGUUUGAGCAACACUUCUGCCUCCAUCAGACUCCACUGAUCAACAACGUCUACAUCUAUCAUCAGGAGUGGAAGAUUAUACACUCAUUCUGAAUGACAUAUUAUUUCAUUUUAGUCUUGAUCUAAUAAACCACUGGAUGUCACUGUAAA